GUAAAGUCACCUUUCACGGAAGUCACAUCUGAAACAGUUGGUGUUCAAACUGCUGAAUAAAAGGAGAUAUAAGGGAAUAGCAGGCAGAACCAGGACUGAGGAGGACGAGAUCAGCAGGGUUUCUGUGGACCUGAAGAGAGUUCAGCAGCAGAGACUCUGUUUGUUUGUGGACUCAAACACAACACAGUGAUUGUUGAAGAAGAGGAGGAGGAGGACAAGAUGCCUUUGUGGUCCGCGGGACAAAGAGGCGCUCUCAGUUUACAGUUCACUGCAGACGCCUCGACAGCAGACCUCCACCAGCUCCUCAUUCACAACAGAUUUACUCCUAAUUUUACUCCUGGUCCUCCUGGUUCUCCUGUUCUCCUGUUCUCCUGGUUUUCCUGUUCUCCUGGUCCUCCUGGUCCUCCUGGUUCUCCUGGUUCUCCUGUUCUCCUGGUCCUCCUGGUUCUCCUGUUCUCCUGGUUCUCCUGUUCUCCUGGUCCUCCUGGUUCUCCUGCAGAAUCAUGCAGCACCUCCUGUGGCUCCUGCUGUGCUGCGGGACGCUCCCUCUGGGUUCCGCUCUGCGCUGCUACAAGUGCUCCGACUACACCGGGCUCUGCCAGAACGUGCAGGAGUGCACCUUCGAGGACUCCUGCAUCUCCCUCAGUGAGAGAGGAGGGAAGACGAUCCGUCAGUGUCUCCGCUACACAGACUGUGAUAACUCCCGCCUCUCCCAGAUGUUUCCGGCUCUUUCCGGCUUCACCUAUCGGUGCUGCAGCUCCAACCUCUGUAACUCCGCCCCCGACAACGGGGUUCCCACGGCCACGCCCCUGCUCGCUGUCGCCGUGGCAACGUCCCUGCUGAACGCCUGGUGGUGCCGGGUGUGACACAACAACAACAACAAUAAACGAGCAUUGUAUAAAGUUAACGUGAACUAAACUGUGUGUCGUUCAGGUUCUCAACUUAAUGCAUUUAUACUUUUGAACAAUAAACACAUCAAAAAGGGAA